AUGGCACAUGGGCUGCGGAGCGCUGGGGAAGCCCCGCCGCCCCUCCCGGCCCCGCUCCGCCCGGCCCGGCCCCGGGAGGGCCCUCUGCGGAGGGCGUGGGGCUCCGGCGCUGCCGGCGAGCAGGUGACACCGCGGGUUGCCUUGCGCGGCAUGUGCGCGCCCGCGUAGCGCGGACUGCCCCCAUGGGCAGCGGCGCCAGCUCGUUCCUCUGCCCCCCGACUCUGGAAGCCCAGGCAGGAAACGCUCCUCAUGUCUCCCAGAUAAAAAUAAAAGCGUCUCCCUCCUCCCGGCCGCGGAGCGUCCCCGCGCUCGGCCAGACGCGGGGCUGAACCGGCCCCGCCGCCCGCCCCAUGGAUAUCGCAACAGGUCCCGAGUCCUUGGAAAGGUGCUUUACGCGGGGCCAGUCGGACUGCUCAAAGAUGCUGGACGGUAUUAAAAUGGAAGACCACCCUCUGCGCUCGGGUCCGGCCACGCUAGGAGUGCUGCUGGGGUCGGACUGCCAGCACCAGGCUGUCUGCGAGGGCUGCCAGCGGCCCAUCUCGGACCGGUUUCUGAUGCGGGUGAACGAGUCCUCCUGGCACGAGGAAUGCCUGCAGUGUGCGGCGUGUCAGCAAGCCCUCACCACCAGCUGCUACUUCCGGGACCGAAAGCUCUACUGCAAGCAGGACUACCAACAGCUGUUUGCUGCAAAGUGCAGUGGCUGCAUGGAGAAGAUUGCCCCGACAGAAUUCGUGAUGAGAGCCCUGGAGUGUGUUUACCACUUGAGCUGCUUCUGCUGCUGCGUGUGUGAGCGACAGCUGAGGAAAGGGGAUGAAUUUGUUCUCAAGGAAGGGCAAUUGCUCUGCAAAAGUGACUAUGAAAAAGAGAAAGACUUGUUGAGCUCUGUCAGCCCAGACGACUCAGACUCAGUUAAAAGCGAUGAUGAAGAUGGAGAUGUUAAGCCCACCAAAGGCCAAGUUACCCAAGGAAAAGGAAGUGAUGAUGGGAAGGACCCAAGAAGACCCAAACGGCCAAGGACAAUACUUACCACACAGCAGAGACGAGCAUUCAAAGCAUCCUUUGAAGUGUCUUCCAAGCCCUGUAGGAAGGUCAGAGAAACACUAGCAGCUGAAACAGGACUCAGUGUGCGGGUUGUCCAGGUCUGGUUUCAAAACCAAAGAGCAAAGAUGAAAAAACUAGCACGAAGGCAUCAGCAGCAGCAGGAGCAGCAGAACUCGCAGCGACUGGGGCAAGAAGUGAUGUCCAACCGGAUGGAAGGGAUGAUGACAUCUUACACACCACUCGCACCACCACAGCAGCAGAUUGUAGCAAUGGAUCAGAGCAGUUAUGGCACAGACCCAUUUCAGCAGGGUCUUACCCCUCCACAAAUGCCAGGCGACCACAUGAACCCCUAUGGAAACGACUCCAUUUUUCAUGAUAUCGACAGUGAUACCUCUUUAACUAGCUUGAGCGACUGUUUUCUUGCCUCUUCUGAAGUUAACUCCAUGCAGGCUAGAGUAGGAAACCCCAUUGACAGGCUGUACUCUAUGCAGAGCUCCUAUUUCGCCUCAUGAAAAUAAAAGAAAACAAACAGCCGGCAUGUAUUUAGCCAGUGACUUUUUCCAGUGCAGACUCUACAGCCAUAUGUUGCCCAGCUCUUCCUUCACAGUGACUCCCGCUGCCUCUGGACUGCAAAGAGCAUUUUUAGGAAGACUGAUCUGUGUGCAUUAUAUGUGUAUGUAUGUGUAUAUAUAUUAAUACCUACAUACAUACAUAUAUAUUGUCUAACAAAUCGCACCCACCAGUCCCAUACCCUUGAUUCCCAGUUUGCACCAGACCACGAGACAAGCACGGAAGGAACAGAAGACCCUGCUCUUCAGCAGCCUUUGGUUUGGUUUGGUUUGGUUUGAGCUCAUCGUAAAGGAAAUGGAUUUUUGCGGAAAGCUAGACCUUUUCCUGCUUCCUCUCUUCCUUUCUUUUGGAUGUUUAAACUUUUUUUUUUAAAGCCACUGAUACUGACAUCAGUCAACCAUAUGACAAAUAAAUCAAAGAAACUGGAGAUUCCUCCCUUUUCUUACUGCAUGAUUCAUACUAUGUUGUGGAUAAAUUGCCAUUUGAACUGUGAGAAGUUAAUGUAAAUGUGACGUUCAACAUUUGUUUCCUUUCUACACUUCUUCUGCAUAACCUAGAUCUGCUCAUUAGUUUAUAGCCCUUAUGCAUAAGAUACUGAGGAAACUGGUUACAGUAAUAUUUGUGGAGAAAGCCAGUGAUUUCUUAAUAAGAAAGGUCUAUGACCCUGGAGAGGAGAUGCAUGUUAGGGACAGAGGCAUUUAGGUUAGUAUUGAUCUUUAGUUAAAACUAAAGGUGCUUACAAGGCAGAGUUUUAUUUAAUUUUAUUUUUUUUAAGUGUGAGAUUAAAACAUUUACAUUUGUUUGUAAGUAUUGCAGUGCCAGAUUUCAAGUCUAGACCAUGAUUGGCAAAUGUGUUGUUCAUUCUGUUCUGUUUAUUUAUGUUUUGCAUGAGGCAUAAAUGUGCUAUGCUCCAU